AUGAAGUUAAGGAAGCAGAAGAAGUUAAGGAGGAUGGAGAAGAAGUUAGGGAAGGAGAAAAAGUUAAGAAUGAAGAACAAGUUAGGGAAGGAGAAGAAGUUAAGGAUGGAGAACAAGUUAGGGAAGGAGAGGAAGAAGUUAAGGAUAGGAGAAGUAGUUUGGGAUGGGGAAGAAGUGAAGGAAGGAGAAGAAGUUAAGGAAGAAGAAGAAGAAGAAGUUAUGGAUGGAGAAGAAGUUAAGGGUAAAGAAGAAAGUAUGGAUGGGGAAGAAGUUUGGGAUGGAGAAGAAGUUAGGGAUGGAGAAGAAGUUUGGGAUGGAGGAGAAGAAGAAGAAGUUUUGGAUGGAGAAGAAGUUAAGGAUAAAGAAGAAAGUAUGGAUGGGGAAGAAGUUUGGGAUGGAGAAGAAGUUUGGAAUGGAGAAGAAUCUACUAAGUAUGGAGAAGAAAUUAAGGAAGAAGAAGUUAAGGAAGGAGAAGAACUUUCGGAUGGGAUGGGAUGGGAUAGGAUAGGAUAG